AUGGAGACACGGCACGGCAAAGUUUUCACGUGCGGGUAUAACGACAAUGGCCAAUGUGGACAAGGAGGGACCGCUCGAGUGACUCACGCGUACAAUGGAUGCGAACAUACGAUUCUAGUCAGUACGGAUGGACGGGUAGCGACGUGUGGGUACAACUAUCGUGGCCAAUUGGGGCACGGCAACACGACAAGCGAAAGUGCUCCGAAGAUUAUUCGAAGUCUGGAGAAUAAAAUUGUACGACUGGUGUCGUGUAGCUAUUACCAUACUGUGCUGGCCUGUGAGGACGGAAAUCUGCAGAAUCUCCUUCGCUUUUGGGAAAAAUGA